GGAGACCAGAUGGUCCAACUUCAAUUCGAAAAACAGAACUUCAUAGCAUUUCAAUUAUUCUGUCCUGGCUCUCUCUCGUCAGAACUUCACCCAAGCCCACGCGCAAUGAGCGACGGUGGAGGUGGAGCUCUGCCUCCUCCGGCGACAAACGGCGGCGAGUUCCUGCUCUCUCUGCUCCACAAGCAGCAGCAGCAGCACCAACAGCGCCAAACCCCGCCACAACAACAAUCUCCGACCGUUGAUCCUGCCGUCGCAGCUGUUGGCCCUCCCCUCCCCUUCGCGCCACCACCAUGGUCGUACAAUUCCAACGGCCCCGAUCUUCCUUUCCCUCUUCCUCCUUGGCCCCACUCGCUCUCUCCUCCUCAACCUUUCCCUCCAAACUUCCUAGGGUUUCCGCAAAACCCUUUUCCUCCUCCUCGGAAUCAGUUUUCCGGAAAUCAAAUUCCACCAAAUCACAGUCUCUUCGGCGACGAUCCCAGAAGAGUAGGGUUUCCUGGGAUUGACGCCAGAAGCAAUAGUAGAAUCGACAAGUUUACCGUGCAGCAGACACAUCAAGAGCCGAAGAUCAAGUUCGGUUCUUUCGCUAGCGAAAUUCGGAGCCCUGAGGUUUUGUCAAAUGUGAUUUCUCAUAAUUCUUUGGAUACUACGAAGUUCACCGCUCCGAAGGAGGGCGAAGCGGGUUUGGGUAACAGAAGCUAUAAUGGGUUGGAUAGGAAUUGGCAAUUCGAGCCGCGGGUGAAUUCGAAUUCGAAUUCUAAUCCAAAUUCAAAUGCUUUCCAGCGGGCGAAUUAUGAUUCUCGAGAGCAAGAGCGACGAGGAGGCGAUAAGUACCACAGUGAGAACUAUCGGUCUACUCCACCACCGGGGUUUCCGCGCAAGCCGAGGGGAAAAGGGAAUUGGGAUUCUGGGAAUAGGAGGAGAGGGUUAGAGCACAAUGUGGAUAAGCAAAAGGCAAAUUAUCUUGAAUUUGGUAGUAGCUAUAUUUCCUCGGAUGCUGAGGAUGAGAGGCUGAGGAGAUUAUCAAUGGAAGGUGAAAAGUCAAGUGAGCUGAGGCUCAGUAGACAGCUUGAUCGCCCGGGGCUGACAGCGGGGAGUAACCUUCCUUCGGUAUCGGGUUUGGACAUUGAAGAGUCCAUAUCAAAUUUGCAUAGUGAGAUUGUUGAAUUUGGUGAUGGCAAUAGUUUUCAGGGUCGAGACAAGUUCAAGGAGGAUGGAAGUAAUGAACUAGAUGAUAUUGGCGAACAGCUUGUUGAUUCAUUGUUGCUUGAGAAUGAAUCUGAUGGCAAGAAUGGCGCACGCAAACAUCGGACUUCUCGUGAGAAGGAUGCAAGGUCAGAUAGCAGAGGGCAACGACUGCUUAGCCAAAGGAUGAGAAUGUUAAAAAGACAGAUGCAAUAUCGAAGUGACAUACACAGAUUAAAUGCACCUUUUCUUGCAAUUUUUGAGUCCCUAGUACCUGCAGAGGAAGAGAAGGCGCAACAGAAGCAAUUGUUAGCAUUAUUGGAGAGAUUAGUUUGCAAAGAAUGGCCUAGUGCUCGGCUCUAUCUUUAUGGAUCAUGUGCAAGCUCUUUUGGUGUUUCUAGAAGUGAUAUUGAUGUUUGUCUUGCAAUUGAGGAUGCGGAUGUUAACAAGUCUGAGAUCUUAUUAAGGUUGGCGGAUAUUUUGCAGUCAGAUAAUCUCCAAAAUGUGCAGGCGCUGACACGUGCUAGGGUCCCCAUAGUAAAGCUUAUGGAUCCAGUGACUGGAAUUUCCUGUGACAUAUGCAUUAACAAUGUUUUGGCUGUCAUAAAUACUAAGCUUCUUCGAGAUUAUGCUCAAAUAGAUGCGAGAUUACGACAGUUGGCUUUUAUUGUGAAACAUUGGGCCAAGUCAAGAGGAGUCAAUGUAACUUACCAAGGAACCCUGUCUAGCUAUGCGUACGUCAUAAUGUGCAUACAUUUCUUACAACAGCGCAGGCCUGCUAUCCUGCCUUGCUUACAGGAAAUGGAGCCUACUUACUCUGUGACUGUAGAUGAUAUUGAAUGUGCUUUCUUUGAUCAAGUUGAAAAAUUAUGUGAUUUUGGAUCCCGUAACAAAGAAACUAUUGCUCAGCUGGUGUGGGCAUUUUUCAAUUAUUGGGCAUAUCGUCAUGAUUAUGCAAAUUCUGUUAUAUCUGUUCGUACAGGAAGCGUAAUCAGCAAGCAAGAGAAAGACUGGACAAGGAGAAUUGGGAACGAUCGCCAUUUGAUAUGCAUAGAGGAUCCAUUUGAGGUAUCUCAUGACCUCGGCCGAGUGGUGGAUAAGUACAGCAUAAAAGUUCUGAGGGAGGAGUUUGAACGAGCAGCCGACAUUAUGCAGUAUGAUCCAAAUCCUUGUGUGAAGCUCUUUGAACCCUACGUUCAAAGUUGACGUGUCGAUUGCUUGUUUGAGCAGAAUGUAGAUGUAAUUGUGGUUAAGGUAACCAGUCUUUUGCCCCCCCCCCCCCCCCCCCCCCCCCCCCCCCCCAUCUUCCUCCUUUUGGUCCUGGCAUUUUGUCCAUAGAAUGUAUUUAGCCUUGUAGGAUUCUAUUCAAAUGUCCAAGAGUGUAAAGAAGUUUGGUUCUGUAGACCUCUGGUCUGGAUCUUUCCUUUCAGAUCAGAGAUAAUUCAGUGAACCUACUUUUUCCCCCUUGCGGGGGAGGUGAGGGGCAUUCUCCUUUCCGUGCUGGCAACAUGCAUGUCCUGUGUGGACUUAUUGGGGAAAGUGUGGGUGCUGAAUUGGAACUUUGAAAGUACUAUAUGUUUGAAACUUAUCAAUCUCUGGAUUUUUUGAUUAAAUCAGAUAAAAAAUCUGAAGUUUUGCUUUUUAUAUAAAUUCUUUUUGUA